UGGCACUGCAAUCGCUUUAGUUUACAUCAUGGUUGCCUUACGACCGGUUGCAACUGUCAACGUCGAUCAAUUAACUACAUAAUGUCCAAUAAAGGAACCACCAAGAAGAUUGAACGCAAGGAUGAAGCCAAAAUACACACAAGGUCUAAACCAAGAACUGUAGGCAAUGAGAGCAAUGUGGAACCGUCGAAAAAGUUAGAAUCUAAUCUUUCGAGAAAAUCUCGAAGCAUCGAGCAUAAGGGAGAUGGAGAUAAAUUGUCAAAAUCGAGUUCCUCAACGAGUAGAACACAAUCGAUUAGAAAUACUAGCAAGCAAUCCAUCGGCUCUGUCCAAGCUAAGAGUACAAAGCAGAGUCUUUCAUCAAACUCCAACUCAUCUAGUCACGUUAUGGGGAAAAGCACCAGUUCCAAGAUAAAAUCUGAGAAUGUUACUAAAUUGAACGACGACAGUAUGGUUAAGAAAAGAAAAUCGAGAGAGUCAGCAGGAUAUUCAGAGAAUAGAGGACUGAGCACGAUAUACAUGCCAAAGUCGACCGUGAGCAAACUCAGUGUCGCAUCCAGCGAGAAAAGUACGCAUCGAACGUCAAGAGAUAAAGAAAAACAGGAUUUCUCUGUACCCAAUCGAACCAAGGGACGAGUAUCGUCAAGAGAACGUAGGACAUCCAGGACACUGAGCCCCAGCGAGAUUAAGAUGCUGCACAGUGCCAUAAAGAGACCGGAUGUUAUGGAAAAGGUGGAACAGAAAAAGAAUGUUCCAUCGCAAGCGGACUCGGACGAUGCAGACUAUGAUUAUGAGGAUGAUUUUGAGGAUUACGAAUCGGACUUUCAAGAAUGCACCGACAGCGAUACUUCGGUGAUUAGCGAAAAAUCAGACAGCAGCGGAAACGGCUCUCACAUGGAGCCGAUCGAGCUGCGCACCCGCGAGAAGAGGAGCACAGUGAACAAUUUAGUGGAGCUUGCAAAGGUAAACGUUGAAGAGGAACGCAUGCUCGAUUCAGGGCACUACGAUCUUGCGGAGGCGAGGAAGCGAGCUGCGCGAAUAGAAUCUAUGUUCGUAAAUCAGUCAAAUGUGCUGCCGUUACCCGAAUUAAGGGAGCCAGUUAACAAGAGCUUUAGCGAUGACAGACUGGUGGAAAAUAAAUCUUUGCCGUCGUCAACCGACGAAGGUUUCGAGGACAGUCGUUCUGGGGACUUUACUAAAUCUCCGCCGUUGUCGCAAGUGCCGUUUAUCGAUUUCCGUAAGCUGAGAGAAAAGGCACGUGAGAAGAACUCGCAGAAAUCUCGAAGCAGGGGCGAAGAACUAUUGGAGAUGAUAAAGUUAGAUUUCAUGGAAUGGUCGAUUUUAGAGUGUAAUCCUGUGCCCUACGAUGAGUUCAUCAAAAAUUACGGAAGACUGAAUACCCAACAAAUAUUUACCCAAACUGGUGACGAUAACAUGGACGUCGAGGUACAAACGGAGCAAGUGCUUUGCAGAAACAAGUGGACACAGUUCCCGGUAACUUGUAGGAAAGUGUUACGAGAUAAACAAGAUAUUAGCUUAUUUAAACUGGAGCAAAUUGGAGUCGGAGAUGACUUGGAUGAGUCAAGUAAUACGAGUUUUGCAUCAUCGUACGACAUGUUACGGUUAAACGAUUUCGUUAAUCGCGCGGGCACGGUUAUGCUGUCGUUAUUAGAAGAGAGGGAACACGGCGGCACUGUUUUCCAGAACGAUGCAAACGAAUUACCUUUUAGCGAUGGGUUUGUCAAGCUCUCCAUAGAUUCAGUAACGUUCUUGGCCGCCAGGCCGGUUAGAAUUAUACAUUACUCGAGCGUGUUAAAUAAAGUUCUGCUCACUGUACAUACUCCUGUAGAAGAGGAAAUAGAAACGGUGAAUAAGUUGGACUACAUAACCGAUUGUUGCAUCGGAUGCGUUUGGAACAUCUCCGAGCCCUCGAUGCCGAAGAAAUUAUUUUAUUCGCAGUGCCCGAUUACCGCUUGUUGCUUUCAUCUGACAAAUUGCAACGUGGUGUUCGCUGGGCUCGAGGAUGGGUCACUGAGCCUCUGGGAUCUCAAAGAAGACGAGAUGUGGCAUCAGAGAGUCACGGAUAAGGCUAACGAAUUGGACUGGGUGAUAAGAACGCCAACUUACACGACAACGGCGAGUAUAGACCCGGAUGCGCAUACGUCUGAGGUUGUCGCGAUACGCGUACUCUCCAAGAUCGAGGCUACUUCUGUCAACGAAAAGCACAAUAAGUUCGUCCCUAUCCAGAUAUGUAGCUUAGAUGAGGAUGGUUACUUGAUAGUAUGGAGCAUCGUGCACAAUAUCGGUAUAAAUAUCGACGACCUGGGACUUUCUCACUGGGGCGACAUACGAUUCAUAAAGAAUCAGAAGACAUGUCUUCUGAAAAAAGACACAAUGAAUCGGUUUAUCGAUAUGCAUGUGGACAGUGCAAACGCAAAUAACAUUUAUAUCGCGACUAACAGUACCGAUGUCUUGCAUGCCACUUGUAUCGGUAACAGAACUAAUCCAUUAACGUACAAACCAGCCGAGAUAAGUGAAUGCGGCAGUUCCACUUGCAUCGAUGUUUGUCCUUUCGGUCAAUCGUUUUUCUUGCUUGGCUGUGACAACGGGACGAUUCGGCUUCAUUGUUUGAACGUGGAGAGACCGAUCGUACAACUGAAAAAUGAACAGUAUACAGACAGAAUCGAAGCUUUACAAUGGUCGAAAACAAAACCGCUAACUAUAUACACGCUGGACACUAAUUCUCGAAUUCACAUAUGGGAUUUGAAUAAGAGCGACGUUAGUCCUGCCUAUACAUUAUUUAUGAAAAAAUGGGGGAAAAUAAGCAGCAUGCAAUUGUCCCCUUGCACAUUAGAUCAAGAUAUGACUAAUCAAUAUUUGGCUCUUGGCACGGAAUCCGGUAAUGUCGAGAUCCACAAACUAAAGAAAGAUUUCCAUUAUACAAAAAAAGAGGAGUUUUUGCAAGAGUUAAACGUGUUCUCGCGAUACGUCUCGAUUUCCUAAGCAAAGAAAAAUUAUAUAAAAACGCUGAUAGUCGUAUAGAAAAUUAUUAAUACGUAGCAAUAGGAUGUUUCCACGGAUUUUAUACUUUCAAUGUACGCGUGCACUUAUAAUGUAAGAAAUUUCAAAGUUUCGAAAUAGAAUUGAAGAUAAGUAUUGCGUCUGAACGCGGGUUGAAACAUACUUUUGCCAUUUUUAAUCGACAAGAGACGAUUUCACACAUAUGCAUAUACGCGUACACGCGUGCGCUCGCAUAAUCAGGAUUGUAAUUUAUAAGAUUUGUAAGACAGCAGUAAUCCUCUUUAACUUUAUUAACUAUAUUAUUUUUCUUGCUUGAACAGUUUCGUAAUUAAACAUGAACAUCUAUUGACGUACCUUGUCUACAUCAGAUGUAAAUGUAUAAUUUAUUACUCAAUUCAUUUCUAAUAUAAACAUGGUUAUACAUAUAAAGUUUGCAACAAAUUUUAAUUUCUGUUUGCGUAACAAAAUAUUACAUGACGAUUUAAUUCAUCUCUUUUAAGCUUUUAACAAUAUAAGCAGGAAGUUUCGAAUUUUGUCAAAUUAUUGGAAUGUAUAAUUAGGUAUAUUUACAUGUUAUUACAAUUUCCUAUAUUGUAUACACGCGCGCUAUGUAUAGCGAAUUAUCUUUGUAUAUGUACACUCUUAUAUCUAUCUUUAUAGUAAUUCCGUCCAGGGAAGAAGCAAUGCCGUCCAAUGUAGAUAAAAAAUAUUUAUAACACAUUUAUACGUACAUUUAUGUAGUAUAUAGAAAAUAUGUUACAUACAUAUACACACACAUAUAAUCACAUAAUAAUCAACAAAAACUCAAUGGUAUGAGAUUGUACAGUUGAAAUAUACAUAAACUUUUAUAUAC